CGUACGCGGGAUUUUAAAAAGCUCAUGGAUAUUCUAGGGCUUUAAGGAAUUUCCCCUUGUUUCUUCCAGCUAUGGGGGACGAAGAGCAAGGGCGGGAGAGAGGGGGAAUGUGGAGUCUUGAUCAGAUUGAUCAGCCGCUUGGCGACGAUGCGGCGCGAAUCCAGAGCAUGCAAGCGCCGGCAAAGAGGGUUUCCACCGCCGCGACGCUGCGCCUGGCGUUCCUCAGCCUUGGUGUGGUCUAUGGCGACAUCGGGACAUCGCCGCUCUACGUCUUCUCCAAUAUCUUCCCGGAUGGGAUCCAGCACCGCGAGGACGUGCUGGGAGCGCUGUCGCUGAUCGUCUACACCAUCACUCUGAUUGCUCUGGUCAAGUACGUUUUUAUCGCGCUACGAUCGGGAGACAAUGGAGAAGGCGGGACUUUUGCCCUGUAUUCUUUGAUAUGCAGGCAUGUCAAAGUUAACACUAUCUCCAACCAGCAUCCCACUGAUCGGGAGCUUACCACGUACAGUUUCCGGGCAGUGCCCGAGAAGUCUCAUGCUCACAAAGUAAAGGUGGCUUUGGAGAAAAGCCAAACCUUGCAAAAGAUCCUGCUUGUGCUAGUCCUACUCGGCACAAGCAUGGUUAUCGGUGAUGGAAUGCUAUCUCCUGCUAUAUCAGUGCUUUCGUCUGUGAGAGGACUCCGAGUUGCUCAUUUGUCCGUCUCUGAUGAUGCUAUCUUGGUUCUGGCAUUGGUGAUUUUAGUUGGGCUCUUUUGCAUGCAACGCAUUGGAACUGCCAGAGUUGGAUUCAUGUUUGCUCCAAUUAUCUUCGUCUGGUUUCUUGCGAUUGGUGCGCUUGGAGUUUACAACAUCGUUGUUCAUGAUCCAUCUAUAUUCAAGGCCCUCAACCCGCACUACAUCAUUCGCUAUUUCGGAAGGCAGAAGACCAGAGGCUGGGAGUCACUUGGAGGAGUUUUUCUGGCUAUAACAGGUGCCGAAGCUUUGUUUGCUGACCUUGGCCACUUCUCAGCUUCCUCGAUCCAACUGGCUUUUACUGGAAUGGUGUUCCCUUGUCUAUUAGCAGCAUACAUGGGACAAGCUGCAUAUCUCAUGAAGCUACCCGACGACGUGAACGACGCUUUCUACAAGUCUAUACCGAAAACACCAGCAGUUUACUGGCCUGUGUUUGUAAUCGCAACGGCGUCUGCAGUCAUUGCGAGCCAAGCAACGAUCUCUGCAACUUUUUCCAUCAUAAAGCAAGCCGUGGCUUUGGGUUGCUUCCCGCGGGUCAAGAUUGUUCACACUUCGUACAAGUACCUCGGCCAGGUCUAUAUUCCCGAAGUCAACUGGUUGCUUAUGGUUGCGUGCCUGGUGAUAACCGCUGGGUUUAGAGAAACAAUGCAGAUAGCAAAUGCUUAUGGGAUUGCUGUUGUGGGAGUGAUGCUUGUCACCACUCUACUAAUGGCUCUCGUCAUGCUCAUCAUCUGGCAAAGAAACCUGUUGCUGGUUCUGGCAUUUCUCGUGGUGUUUGGCUCCCUCGAGUCCACUUACAUCUCAGCUGUUCUCGUCAAGGUGGAGAAGGGAGGCUGGGUACCUCUGGCAAUUGGAGCCUUUCUGCUCAUUGUCAUGUACACAUGGCACUAUGGAACCACUGAACGGCACAGCUUCGAACUCCAGAACAAAGUUUCUCUCGGUUGGAUCCUUCGGCUUGGCCCGGGGCUCGGCAUGGUCCGACUUCCAGGAAUCGGUCUCUUUUACACGGAGCUCGCUCACGGGGUACCUUCCAUUUUCUCUCAUUUUCUCACGCACUUCCCAGCGAUCCACUCAAUUCUCAUGUUCGUCUGCGUCAAGUAUCUCCCAGUCAGCACGGUCCCGAAAGCCGAGCGGUUCCACAUUCGGAGAAUAGGCCCCAGGGAGUUUCGGAUGUACCGCUGCGCAGUGCGAUAUGGCUACAAGGACCUCCACAAAAAGGACGACGAGUUCGACGAGCUCCUCUUCCAGGCGCUCCGCUCCUUUGUCCGCUACGAGUCCAUGGUGGGAAGUGUGGAAAACUCCGACGACAGCAUCGAGAGCUCCCGGGUGGUAUCAGCGGAGCCGACGAGAUCAAACAUCGACUCGGUUAUGAUCAGCACAGCAGGCUCGCUGGACGAGAUCCAUCGCCGAUCAUCGGUUUGCUCCUCCAGGGGUGACGAGGAAGACGAGGGCGAUUUUCUAGGCAGGGCCAGGCAAGAUGGGAUCGUGCAUAUCAUGGGAAACACCGUGAUGAAGGCCCGCGAAGCGUCGAGCUUUUGGAAGAGAGUUGCCAUAAACUUUGGCUACAGCUUCCUCCGGAGGAUUUGUAGAGGCAGCAGCGUCGUUUAUCACAUCCCUCACGAGAGCUUGCUUCACGUUGGAGUGGUAUAUGAUGUUUAGCUCAAUCUUAGCAACAAUCCUUGGAGGCAACUGUAAAUUUUAUCCAAACAGCUCGGAUGGAUCUCAAAAGAGCCUCCUCGUUCACGAAUGUUCUUCACGAAGAUUUGCUUGCACGUUUUAAUUCUAGAUUUUAGAUUCAUUCAA